GUGCCACGCAACCUUGUGUCGUCUUUUGUUUACGUUAACAUAUGACAAAGUUUGGUAUAUACGUCCGUUUGUAAAAAUGAUCUGAUAAUGUAAAGUUUAGUGUGGGUACCUCUUAAGAAGAAAAAAAAAAGUUUUAAGUAUGGAUGUGUACGUUUUGAUUUGUGUAGUGGUGUCAUUUCUCGCUACAAAUAUUGAAGGUAUCAUGUGGAAACUGGAACCUAAUACACAGAAGUGCCUGAAGGAAGAAUUGCAAUCCAAUGUUUUGGUUACCGGUGAAUUUGAGGUUUCAGAGGCACCUGGCCAAAAAGUUGAUUACAUUGUGAGGGAUUCAAAAGGUCACAUUUUAUCUCAGAAAGAUGACAUCUCGAAAGGGAAGUUCACGUUUGUUACGGAAACUUACGACACAUUUGAAAUAUGUUUUACUUCAAGGGUGCCACCACAGCACAGGGGGAUGACCCAAGAAGUGUCGCUAGUCACAAAGAGAGGCGUGGAAGCCAAGAAUUACGAAGGAAUAGGAGAGGCGGCCAAGCUGAAGCCCUUGGAAGUGGAGCUGAAACGUCUCGAAGACCUGUCCGACUCCAUCGUGCAGGACUUCUCGCUCAUGCGCAAGCGGGAAGAGGAGAUGAGGGACACGAACGAGUCGACCAACAGCAGAGUGCUGUACUUCAGCAUCUUCAGCAUGUGCUGCCUGCUGGGGCUCGCCACGUGGCAGGUGCUGUACCUGCGGAGGUUCUUCAAGGCCAAGAAGCUGAUCGAGUAGUCGUCGCGUCGACUGCGGCUCGGACCUCGUCCGACGGGAAUCUGAAACUGCCGAGAAAAGCGAUGACGUAAAAAAAAAACUUUUUCAGGCUGAAGUGUCAACACAAACACAAGUUUUUUUAUACUUGAAACAUUUUGAAGCAAGGAAUUUCCAAUGACUUUUUUUUUUUAAAAAAAAAGUUCACUACCACUCUUGUAAACAUAUGUGUCACUAAUUUUGGCAAAUUUAAAGGAGAUUUCUUGAUCAAUAUUUAUAGUAAGCAGACGUGUGUUGUUUUGGAGUAAUAUCUGUGGUUCUUUAUGUUGUGUGUUAAAUAAAAUAAAUUUGAGGUAAGGAA